UCGAGAACCAACGAAGGAAGUAAAGAGCACGCAAGAUGAAGUUCGCAGUUGUAGCUUUGGCCGUACUGGCUGUGCUCAGCCCUCUGGACGCUCUGAAAGUCCCAGCCUCCGGUUCCGGUGCGCUCGCCAAGGAGCUGCAAGAGUUGGUAGACUUGGUCCCAGUCGCAGACGUUCUUCAGAUCGUAAAAUUGUACAUUGCUCAGGACAAGGAGAUUCAGCACAUUAACAAGGCGGUCACCUCUGCGGAAUCAAAAGCGUUAGUCAAAGAAGUAGAGGAGAUACCCGAUGCCAUUGCACUGAUGCAAUACAUUCAGAAGGCUGGUGUUGACAUCUACCGCAUAGUGAACGCACUGAACAAAUCCCUCGGUCUCAGUCCCAUCAAGCCUUCGUCUACCCUCAGCAAGAUCACCGGUGGUGGAAUGAACGGUCUCACGACAGAUCUGUGGGCCGUGGUACCGUUCCCGAAGAUACAAGCUGCGAUAGAAAAGAAAAUGAUAGAGUCCAAAGUAUUCCGUGAUUUUGUUGCGGAACUAAGUAGACAGGGGAAAUUGCACCUCGCUAUUGCAACCAACAAACACUUGCUGAAUUUGAAAGCGGAGGCCAUCAAGGCUGGUAUCAAGGGACAAGACUUCGUCAUGGGCUAUGAGAUUCUGCUUGGCUCUCAUGUCCUUAUCUCCAACAACAUAAGUUCUUAAGAUUUCUAAUGCGUGUAUUCAUACAAAUAUAGUUUUUCUUCAUUUCAUUUUGAGUUUAACUAUUAGCAAGCUGUUAUAUGACUUUAUGAAAUAAAAUUAAAUGUAUGCAGUGUAAA